GUCAGAAUACCAACUUCAUCUAUAGCUAAACAUUUAAUCGAGAUGAUGUUAACUCAGCCUUUAAGGUCAUCUAUAAAAACGGUCAAGGACGUUUACUGAAAUACGCUGAGGCUAUAGCCAUUCAUAAACUUAAGCCCCCCUUGUGUAUUCAAAAACAGUUUGUUAUUACUCUUAACCUACCUUGGUAAUCCUUAUUUGAUUGGAUUACCAAACGUUGUGUUAAUCAUUCUUAAAUGGUUCUUUUUGUCACUUAGUUUAAUUUAACGUUUUUAUAUAUAUAUCGUCUUGACAAGUAAAUGUGUGAUCAGAUUGUUCGAAAUGUAUAACGCAAAUACACAUCACAUCGUUUUUCAGAUAAUCUCCGUCUUCUAAUAAUGCUAUCCAAAUAUAUAAGAGGGACUAAUUGUUUUAAAUUUUUGAAAAGAAGACUCCCUCCAUGCACUAUCAAACGGUUAGAUGGACGUCUUAACCUGAAGUGUAAAGUAGCAUCUGAAAAGUGACACAUUCCCGAAAGUAUUUUACAAAUCCCUUCCAUCUUUCAAGUAUUAUUCGCCUUACGAAAUCUCACAUUGACGAUUCUAAUGGGAAUUUAUGUGGACUAAUUGAACUCGAUUUAUUGUCAUGAAAUAUUGAUUGUCUGAUGUCUCCAUUAUUUGUCAAAGUAAGUUCAUUAAUUUUUGUAGCUCUGUCGUUGAUAAGACGAAUACUAGAGAAUACUAGAUUGAAAUUGCUUGGAUCUUGCACGUCUGACUUCCAAUUAAACCAGAUCCCAUUAAAUCCUGAUAAGUAUGUGACAAAUCUGUCAUCGGUUGAACUUUUAUUACAUGAAAAAGAGGUGCUGUCAAUUGGUUUCAAUUUCUCUAUCCCAUUAAACAAUAUUUCAGACUUAACAAUUGAUUCUCAGUUUGAAAAUUUGUAUGAUCAGUUGAGUUCUCUAACAACUUCUUCGACAGAUGACCGAAGUUGGUUGAAAGUUAAAUGUGUAGAUGUAGCACACCAAUUCCGUAAUUCAAGUCGGAAACAAAGAAGCAUUUUAACAUCAACUCAUUUUAAAUCCCUAAAGGAAUUACGUAAUAGAUCCGAUUUAGUUAUUUUGACACCUGACAAUGGAUCUGGUGUAGUUGUAAUGGACAGAAGCGAUUACAAAACAAAAAUGUUCUCAAUCCUUAAUGACAAAAGCAAAUUCAUAGCCGAUGUUCCUUCUGAUGAUAUCAGAAAAUUGGUAGGAAAAGUAACUUCUCGCUUAGUAGAACUUCGUGGAAUGGUCGUUAUCGAUAAACAGGAGUUUAAUUCCUUGAAGCCCAUGGUAUCUGACUACCCAAACCUCUGUGGUUUACCCAAGAUUCAUAAGGUUGAUAAUCCGUUACGUCCAAUUCUAUUAAUGUGUCACUCUCCUACACAUAAAUUAGCAAAAUGGUUAGCUGAUAUUUUAAGUCCAGUACGCAAUGAAUUAUGAGAAUCAUAAUCUCAUUCAAUCAUGGAUUCUAUGCCUACUACCGUUAUCUGAAGAUUCCAACGAAUUCAAUGCUCACUUACAAAAACGUUUAUCUAUUUUGACUGAUAUUAAAACUUCCAAUGUGUAGAAUUCAGUUCUUUCCUAUUCUCUUCUCUUCUCUUCUAUUCUUUUCUAUUGUGUUCUGUUCCGUGUUUUGUCCCCCAUAGUCCUGUAAUUUAUGCGUGCAAAUAAAAGAGGGGGAAAAGAAAGUGUAAUAUAUAUACAUAUUACUUUUACUACAAUGACAACAACAAUGUUAUAUUUAUUUCUGUACAUUCAUUUUCUUUUCAAAUAAAAGCAUUUAUUUUAUUAUUAAUAUUUCUUCUCUGUGUGUGUGUGUGUGUGACUACUUCUCAUGUUUCCUCAUUCAACUUGAAUUCACUGACUGAACCCAGUUGACUUUGCUGUUAAAAUUAAUUUUGUUUUUAGUAUCUAUGCUGCCAACGACGUCAUUGUCAACGUUGUUCGCCUCCUUCAACACUCCCGUAGUAUCGGAAGUUCGUAUUUUUAAAUGUCACAAUGAUGAUGAUGAUGAUGGUGAUGAGUAUUCGAUCAUUUCUAAGUGGAAUCAAAUUGACAUUCUACGUAAAGAUACUAUUACAUACACACGAACACAUUUAAUAAGGGUACCACGUAGUAAUCAUGAAAAAUUGCAGGUGAAAUAUGCCUCACAAUUACACUUCUCUUCAUUUGGGAAAGGUUAUCCUUCUAGUGUACAACAGAAUAAUGUACACACUGUUUGGGAUAUACAAACACCAGAUGGUUGUCAUAGAGCUGUAUGCAUCCAACCGGUUUCUUCUUCACCACCACGACAAGUAACGUCAAAUUCAUCAAAGUUUAUCACAGCUGAUUGUGAAGAAGCAAGUACUGUUGUACAAAUAUGGAUUAAUGGACGUCUUUCAAACAUUGUAAAACUUCCAACAACUCCUCCUAAUGCUCUUCAUGGUCGUGUAUAUCCUACAGAGGGUGGAUCAUUUCAUGGGGCUGCUUGGUCAAAGGCAAGAGAUAAAAUUGUCUAUCUUGCAGAAGAGGUGGCGCCUGGUGAUUCUUCAGAGUCUUGUGGAGGUGAUUCAUCCUUUGCAUUUCAAGAGGAUUGGGGAGAAGGCAAUGAAGGCGUGCAUAAACCAAUAAUAUGUGUACUCGAUAUCACCACUAAAACUGUUACACUGGCCCCACUGAAAGAAAAUAAUCUCAACUUGGCUUCAAAUGAACCAAUAUGGACUCCUGAUGAUGUUGGUAUUCUAUUCAUUGGUUAUCCAUUAAAAGCGUAUAAUCUCGGAAUUAAGUACUGUGUUCAACGUGUAUGUCGUCUUUACUUUUGGAAUAUGAAAAAUGCUACCAUCAAACCAAUCAGCAAUGCUGGUCGAUCAGUUCACUGUCCUCGAUUCUCUCCGAAUGGUGAAUAUUUAGUCUGGCUUGAAAAUCCUGUUGGUGGACCACAUGGACAAUGUUACGCCUUAAUGGGAAUGAUCUGGUCCUUGGAAGAUUUUCAACCUAAAAUUAUUAUCCCAAUUUUGAACAGUCGAUCAUCUGAAAAGGCUUACGAAUUCUCAGGACUUUAUUGUACACUAUCAGAACGUUGUUGGUCCAGUGAUAGUCGGCGUAUUGUAAUCUCAUCUUAUCACAAUGGAUUUAAAGAUAUAGGAUAUAUUGUUUCAGUGGCUGAGUCCAUUGCUCGAUCGAAACCUGUUAUACUCCAACUGCCUCAAUUGCAUUUAGCAGAUGAAGCGUGUGAACCAUCGUCAUUGAGUAUUUUAGACUUUUAUGAGGAUAUUUUAGUCUGCUGUACAACUUCUCCGAUUCAUCCACAUCAUUUAGCUGUAUUGAAUUUAAAAAAUCUAGAUGAUAGGAAUACGUCAUUUGAUCUUGCCCAACAUCGAUGGUUAAUACUUUCUGAUGGAAUGGACUUGAAACAGUCUUCUGUGCGUUCAGUGAAAGGUAUCGAUUGUGUUAUGCGUGGAGUUCUGCAUGUAAAUGAGAAUGGAACAUUCUCUUCUUGUUAUUAUUUACUUAUUCAUCCAAGACUUGAAGAGGAUGGUUCAAUCAAACAAAUAGACAUAUCUGAUUUCAAUUUUAACGAAGAUAUAAGUGAUCUGAUUGCCAACCGAUUGCAAGGUUUAAUUGUAAUGCCAAAUGGUGGUCCACAUUCUGUUUCAAGAUUGACAUGGUCAUCAAUGAUAACAAGUUUUUGUAUUUGUGGAUUUGCUUGCCUAUUAAUCAAUUAUACUGGAUCACUUGGUUAUGGUGAUGAGUUUAUUCAAGAUCUAAUCGGGCGUAUUGGCGAGAGAGAUGUAUCCGACUGUGUUCGCGCUACUAAAAGUGCUUUAGAGUAUCUUCAACAGUAUGAAUCCAAUUUGAAAGCAGUUUUAUUUGGUGGUUCUCAUGGUGGCUUUUUAAGCUUACAUUUAGCUGGACGAUAUAAUCAUCUGUUCAGUGCAGUUGUAACUCGUAAUCCUGUGACAAGCUUGAUCAGUAUGAUUCAUACAAGUGAUAUACCAGAUUGGUGUUUUACUGAGGCUGGUUUAACCGAUCCAGGUGAAUGGCCACUUGAUCAUCUUCUACCGACUACGAAUGAAUUAACUCGUUUAGCAGAUGUUUCACCAAUGAAAUAUUUAGAUGAUACAUGGUCUGUACCAUUAUUAAUGUUGUUAGGCGGUAAAGAUCGUCGUGUUCCAAAUAGUCAGGGAUUGACAUUUUGUCGAAAACUUAAAGCAUCAUGUCCAAAUAUCCCGUGUGAAAUUCGUUUAUAUCCUCAAGAUUCACAUGCAUUAGAUUCUCCAGCAUGUUCACUAGAUGUCUUUAUCACUACUGUGAAUUGGUUCUUCAAACACUUGAAGGAGAGGGAGAGACAGACAAACAGACAGUGA